AUGUCUUCGACGGAGCCGGCGGAAGACCAUGUCAUGGAGGAGCAAGCCACAGUAUCGUCCGAUCAACCUCCCUCGUCCAGGAAAUCGUACAGACGCAAGUAUCGCAAAAUUAUGGUCACAUUUGAAGAGAAGAUGAGAGAAGGCAACACCUUGUUCAAAGAAGAGCAGAGGAUCAUGGACAUAUCGCUGAGACUGGCCGAGCAGACCGACCAGCUCCUUCAGCUGCUUGUUGAACUCAACUCUUGCCCUCAAGUGCCCCAAAGACUGCGUUACGAUCUUCGACCGCCUGGUGAGAGCCAUUCGAGUGACGAAACUGUGAAACCUUCUGUUUCUGAAGAAGACGGACAUUUGGAUCUAAGGAAGGCCAGAAGACAACUCCAGGCCGGAGAACUCACUCUAUCUGGAUACAGGGAAAUCGAAGCCGCGCUCCUCAAAACCCAAGAAUUUGCACCCGGCCGGUCGUACGCUUCACUGCUCUCAAGUGCGCCUGCGCCAAGUCAAUCAGUUGAUAAGUUGGAUCCUAGCAAUCCUGGGUCUUGCUUGUUGACGACGAAACAAGAAGAGCAAUACCUACAAGGCCUAGAUGCAUUCCUCGACGGGGUAGCCACUAAUCCCAGGCCCCAUGUUGCCAACAGCCUGGGCAGUCGGAGUAUGGAAAAGUCAACAGAGCGCGAACGAGAAACCCAACUGAGAAAUCCGGUGUCCGUCUAUAACUGGCUUCGAAGGCAUCAGCCUCAGGUGUUUCUCCAGGACAAUGAGCCCAGUACAGAAAAGACGCCUCGAGCCACCGGAUCACGCAGUUCAGCGCGAAGGUCAGCAAACAAAGAUGCUAUUAAACAGGAGCAAGAUUACUAUGACGAAGACGGUUUUGCUCUGGACAAUGGGUCAUCGUCGAGGGGGAAGCGGAAAAGAGACGCUGAUGGAGGCUAUCGACCCAAAGGAGGCGCUUCCAGGAACGCGAAACGUAGGAAGGAAACGAAAGAGGAAUCCAGCGGCCGAAGCAAACGGACGAAGAAGUUGUCAAUGGACGCAAGAUAG